AUGCGCGCGGCGGUGGCGCGGCCCGCGCCGCCGCUACAGCUCCGCACCACGCGGACUGCCAGCGCCCGCCUCGCCCGCGCCGGUGCGAGCCGCAGUGCCGGCAGCGGCGGCCUGCGCAGCCGCGACGGCGGCGCAAGCGGCGGCGGCGGCCCCUCGAGCGGCGCCGGAGGCGGCCCCAAGCAGGCCAAGCGGCGGCGCGCGGGCCGUGAGCAGGAUGAGGGGCACCUGGAGUGGUCCUCUUCCGCAUCCGCCUCAAUGGGUGGUGACGAGGAGCGCGACACAGGCGGCUCGCCAGCCAUGAGCGAUGCUAUGUUCCAG